CGCCGCUUCGGAAAGCACUCAGUUCUCUCUCACAAUAUACAAUGCGCCUCGCCCUCCGCACCCUACGCACCCUAUCAUCAACAAUCACCAAACUCUCCGCGCACCGCCUCGUUGUCCCCCUUCGCAACGUCCGCAACAUGUCGUCCUCCCUCCCGUCCCCGCUGCUCAAGAAGCCUGUCAAGCUCGCCUGCAUCCAACUCGCCUCGGGCGCCGACAAGGCCGCCAACCUCGCCAACGCGCGCGCCAAAGUCCUCGAAGCUAGCGCCGCGGGAGCCAAAAUCGUCGUUUUGCCCGAGUGCUUCAACUCGCCCUACGGAUGCGACUAUUUCCCCAAAUACGCCGAGACGCUGCUCCCGUCGCCGCCCUCGAGGGAACAGAGCCCCAGCUUCCACGCGCUGGCGGCCAUGGCGACCGAGAGCGGGGCAUAUCUUGUGGGUGGCUCCGUGCCGGAGCUAGAUGCUGAGACGGGGAAAUUUUAUAACACGAGUUUGAUCUUUUCGCCCGAGGGAAAGCUGUUGGCGACGCAUCGCAAGGUGCAUUUGUUUGAUAUCGAUAUCCCGGGCAAGAUUACCUUCAAGGAGAGCGAGGUGUUGAGCCCGGGGGACCAGGUUACGGUUGUGGAUUUGCCAGAGUACGGACGUAUUUCGGUGGCCAUUUGCUACGACGUGCGGUUCCCCGAGCUGGCGGCCAUCGCCGCGCGCAGAGGGUGCUUCGCGCUCGUGUACCCCGGCGCGUUCAACCUGACGACGGGGCCGAUGCACUGGCGCCUGCUGGGCCAGGGAAGGGCGGUGGAUAACCAGAUUUACGUGGCCAUGUGUAGCCCCGCGCGGGACAUGGGCGCGACGUACCAUGCGUGGGGACACUCGCUGAUUAUCGACCCGAUGGCGAAUGUGCUUGUUGAGGCGGAGGAAGGGGAGGGGACUGUUGUGUGCGAGUUGGAGAAUGGUACGAUUGAGGAGGCGAGGAGGAAUAUCCCUAUUAAUACGCAGAGGAGGUUUGAUGUGUAUCCUGAUGUUAGUCAGGGAAAGGUUUGAAGAUGGCGAUGUGGACUAAAUGAGUCUUUUUUUUUUUUU